GCCUGCCCUCUUCCCGCGCCAUCGUCACUUCCCAAAUACAUCACCACCAGCACCGCGCCCCAUCCUUCCUUCCUCCCUCCCUCCUUCUGCUUCUUCCUUCUUCCCCUCCUCGGAACCAAGCGGACAGCCUCUGUUGACCUUCCUUGCGUGCCCGUUGACUCAGCUAGAAGCCAAGGCUGGGAUCGCUCGCCAUCGUUGACGCACCGCUAGAGCCUGAGACUCUGUGCCGUGUAAUAUUCAUUUCCCACCUGCGCCCUGCCAGAGACCUUCCGCAGGACUUAAUUGCCCGUGGUCUCCCACCUCCGCGCACUGUCGAGAGCACCCCAGCUUCAGUGUCGCUAUCGGUUCUAUCCCAUUCAUCCGGAUCCGGACCAGCCAGUGGAAGGAAGCUGUUCGUUCGCACUGCCCAGUGUGUAUAGUCCACUGCCAGGAGGUCCACCCGCGUGUCCAUCAUGCCUCAGGAAAUCGCUCGCCAGUGGUUCGUGCCCGGCGAAGGUAUCGACCGCCAUGUGAUAUCUGCAGACAUCCAGAGGUAUCUGGGAAACGAUGCCACUGUACGGCCAGGCGUUGGUACUGGCGACAACCAGGGUGUGCAAGGCUACUGGAUCAAGGCGUAUCGAAACUUAACCUCAGCCAUGAUUGCAGACCUUCGCGCAGAUUCCGCUCGAUGGAGACAAGAACAACGUCAGACGGGCACGAGAGAACCUUACGUGGGGUCAUCCACAUACCACGCGUCUAGCGCAGGAAGGGUGUCACAAAAAAGAUCAGGAGGAGACUCGCCCAACACAGAUGGACCAUAUGGCCUGCCGCCAUCGGCACGUGAGCGUGAACGUGAGCGCGAGAGGAUAUCAGUAGACAGGAUGCAAGUGGACCCACCUGCUCCCAGCAGAGGCUACCCAGCUGCGGAACGUCGUGCUCCAUACCAACCGGACGGCAGAUCAUUUCCCUCUGAUAGUAGAGGUGGUUAUGCGCCGGAUGGUAGGUCAUCAUAUCCUGUGGAUGCCAACAUGUCCGGUUUUGGUGCCCAGCCUCCCGUCACCAGUGCCUAUGGUCAGGAACAACCCCGGUAUGCGCCGAGUUACCAACAGUCCAAUGAUGGCGCUCCGCCAGGAUACGUGAGGCAGGGCAAUUACUUUGUGCCCGUUUCUGGCUACGAGCCAGCUCCUUCCAUUUCUUCUCGGGCGGACCAGUAUGGAGCAGGAGGUUACCCUCCACAGCAGCAACGUGACCCCCGGGACACCAGGUAUCAACAGCCAGAGUAUGCGGAUCCCCGGUAUGCCUACCCUAGUCCGGCGGCCACUGUCUCUUCUGUAUCAGCUCGGGAUCGUGAGCCCGUGGUCAGCCCGCAGCAGCCAAGUCCAUACGGCGCCAUUCCUGCACAACAAUACGACCAGUAUGGAGGCCGACGUAAGUUUCUAUGAUGCAAUACAAGAGGCGUAGACCCGUACUGACGGGUCACGCCAGCUGCACCAAGCAAUCCGCCACCGAGCUCGGGAUCGUCACGCACAAAUCGUGCCAGUGUAUUUGGAGGGUUAUCGGGCACUUCCAGUGGAGAUCGACGCAGACGAUAAAGAGAGUGAUUGAUGAGAGAUGAGUAUGUCAGAAUCGACCAAGGCUCUCGCUACCAUAGUUUUUUGAGGAUCCGUGCACCGCACUUGGACCACACGGCACGUCUCGGUCACAUACGUAGACGGAGUUUCCAAUCUUGGCUCAUGCUGUGUUUUGAGUCGCUCAGCCUGACAAAAUGUCAGCACUUUGCGAAUGUCUGGUGAACCUACCCAGUCGAGAACGGACUCUGCCAGUUGUGAAAUCACUGGACAUAGCCCACCUCCGAGUUCGGAACUUCUUAUCUACCAUGGCUACGGAGAUGCGAUGCACCGCGCGCGCUUGACACCCAUGGAUGACUGCGUGGGCCUUGGAUUUGUUUUCCCGAUACCCACGAUGUUCGCACUCCCGGUGAUGUGCUUUAUACGGUUGAUGAUUUCCAGUUCAGCAUUAGGAAUGGCGUUCACCCACAACUGGCAUGUGCAUUGGGCGACGACGAUGACCAUAACAACAAAGUUGAACGAUUUGCAAUGAAUGAGCGAACGGCUUGGCUUGGCUUGGCCUGUAUUCGGGAAAGUGUUUGGGAAGCGUUGCAUUUAUAGCGCGGGAGCUAUCAAAACUGGAAUUUCCUCGCCUUGUCUUACUUGCAGGUUCUUGUUUGGAAUCGCGUACACCCCUCGUGGAGAGAGAUGUGUGUAUGUGCGUGCAUUCGAGAUGAAAAUAUUUACCUGGCCUACCAACUACCUACUUAGGUAUCUUAGUUUGAAGAAAGAUAAUACCAAUGUCGCAG